CUUCUUCCGUCCUACCGUCCCACCGUCCCACCGUCCCAAAGAAGAAGAUCCCGAUCUCGAGUUAGCUUUAGCUCACCCCUUCUCUCUCUCUCUCUCUCUCUACUCUUCCCGGCGGCGGCGACGACGGCGGUGGUAACGGUGGUGGAUGGCAAGAACGAAUAAGUACACAUCCAUCAACUUCAACGACAUCUACGAGAAGCAGCUCUCGUCCUCCGCCAUCAAAUCCGGCUCCUCCCGGCCUUCCACCGCCCCUUCCUCCUCCUCCUCCUCCUCCCCUUACGCCAGUCUGUCCUCCCAUAAUGCCGCUGCCUCCAAUUACAAGUCCCACCUCACUCAAGGCCGCAUGCUCGUCCUGAGCCGUCCCGCCCCCAAGCCGAUCGCCGUCGCCCCUCCGCCCUCCUCCCCUCUCCCCGUCCCCGAUCAGCCUCGCGACGAGCCGGACGCAGACCCCAUUUCCCUCCGGCCCCUCGGUCGAACGGGUGCCGGUUCUCCCCUCCCCUGUCCGGUCCCUGUCCUGGAGAGGGACAAAGAGGUGGUGUCCUCCCUGACCUCGCCGAAGCCCGACAAGUUCGUCCCCCCGCACCUGAGGCCGGGCUUCACGGGGAGGGAGGAGAGGCCCGAGGUGCCGAAGCAGGCCGCGCCCCGGGGCAGAGAGCGAGAGCCCGUCCACAGGCAGCAGCAGCAGCAGCAGGGGCCUUACGGAUCACCAUCUCCCGGGCGGUAUGGGGAGGACCAGAUGGGUCGGCCGAAAUCCGGCGGCUAUGAUAGGAUGAUGAGAGAUGGCGAGUCAGAUCUGAGUCGGGGCAGCUCGUUCGGCACCCGGCCGAGUUCCAGAGGAUGAUGCUUUAUUUUCAGUGCACAGAUGAGGAAAGUUAGUUGAGCAAGUAAUGGAUAAAUCUGCCAAAAUCGUUCUUCUCCCUCAGGAACUGCAAUUUUGGUUUCACUUCAGCAGACUUAACACACAAGGAAUGGAGUAAAGCAAUAAGCGUUUCGGUUUAACCUUUGUUGACAGGAUUACCUAUUGUUAACUGCUCAGAUUGUUCUUUCAAAGAGAGAAAAUGCUCCAGCACUCAACCCUCUCCACUGCUGCAUCCUUGUCUCCUCCAACACGAGAGGCAGGGGGAGCUGCACCUGAAAUGUAGAAUUUACUUGUUAUCCGUCUUCUUCGAUUUUCAACAAAUGCUUGUGUCAAUUCCUGAUGACGCCUCUCUGGUUGUUGUAUUUCGCUUCAUUAGAACUCGAGAGAUUUGUGUAUGUACUUACACAAUUGCAUGCAGAAAGGUUGAAUUUGUCGCC